UCUGCCCAAAUAUGGGCAGAUAGUCGAUUCCAAACUAUAAGAGGAAAGUCGCCCUGAAAAGGAGCUCAGUCUCUCAAGUGCAUUCGAAGAAACAUCUUUAACAAAUAUUUAAAAUGAAAAUUUCCAUUUUCUGUUUGGUUCUUAUUUUGGGCAUUGUCUCGGCUCGUCCCCAGUUUGGAUUUGGAGGAUUUGAGCAGCAGCAACAGCAGCAGGCAUCCUAUGGGUUUGGAGGUGGCUUUGGUCAGCAGCAGCAGGAAGCGUUUGCAGGCUUUCCAGGAGGCCUUCCAGGAGGAUACGAGGAUAUGCUACAGCAGCAGCAACAGCAAUCCUUUGGAGGGGGAAAUUUUGGGGGCUACUUUGGUUAAUCACUAAAAUAAAACAAAGAUGGCCUUAUAAAAUUUUGUAAAAUUCUUUAAUGGGUGCCAAGAACAAUAAAUCAUA